GUUUUGUUGCUGUAAUUGCGUUGCUUUCUUCUUGUACGUAAUAUCCGGCGCUAGUGCUGAACUUCCUGUUUUCUUCCACAUCAAUACAACAAUAAUGGCGUCUUGUAGCGAGGAGCCUGCUGCAACUGCCGAAGAGGAGCCGACUGAAACCGUCACGUCCCAGAAGAGAGAAGCGAGACUACGAAAAUUUCGAGAGCUGCAUUUCAAACGGAAUGAAGCACGUAAGCUCAAUCACCAGGAGGUCGUGGAGGAAGACAAGAGGUUGAAGCUGCCCUCAAACUGGGAGGCUAAGAAAGCCCGACUGGAGUGGGAGCUUGCUGAAGAUGACAAGAAAAAGGAGUGUGCUGCUCGUGGGGAGGACUAUAACAGAGUGAAACUGCUGGACAUCACUGCUGACGAUGCAGAGAGGUGGGAGAGGAAAAAGAAGAAAAAGAAUCCCGACACAGGAUUUGCAGGAUAUGCAGAAGCCCAGUUCCGGCAGUACCAGAGGCUUACCAAGCAGAUCAGGCCAGACAUGGAAAAUUACGAGAAGCAAAAGGAGGAAAGCGGUGAGGACUUCCACCCCACGUCCAAUAGCCUGAUCUACGGCACCCAUGUUCCCACAAAGGAUGGCAUUGACCGCAUGGUGGAGGAUGUUGAGAAACAGAUUGAGAAGCGGUCCAAGUACAGCCGACGCAGGGCCUACAACGACGACGCCGACAUCGACUACAUCAACGAGAGGAACGCCAAGUUCAACAAGAAGGCGGAGCGUUUCUAUGGCAAAUACACAGCAGAGAUCAAGCAAAACCUGGAGAGGGGCACAGCGGUGUAGAGCGUCAGGUCACUUUAGAGCUUCGCUUUUUAUUUUUUCCUUCUUGCUUAAAGUCUGUGUUUAUGAGCGAAAAUGCAGUGUUGCCAGGUUUUUGAGCUGACAUAUGUAAAAAAAUUUUGUUUUACUUGUACAGUAUGAAAAGUCUGUCUCUGAACUCUUAUUUUUUAAUAAACCACUUCCAAUUAUCUCA